AUUUCAAUCUGGACAAGAAUAUUAAAAGAUUGGGAUACAAGUCUUAGUAAAUAUAACAAGAAUAUUCUUCUUCUUGUUGAUAGUGUACCAGUAUACUAUCUUGAGGAAAAUGUUAAACUUAAUCAUAUUCGUAUUGAAUUUUUACUACAAAUGCCACUAUGCAUAUUCAACCUUACAUAUAAUUCUGUUUAUGAUAAGCCAAAUGAAAGCCCACCAGCUUUUACAAUCUGUGAUACAAUUUAUUUUGCAGCUGAUAAGAAGGCUAGCAUUCUUCCUAUUAAUGAUAUUAAUGAUGACAAUAAUAUUUCAUCUAUAAAAUUUCAGAGUAUCGAGAAUAAACAAUUUUAUGAGUUAGAUGAUUUGAUUGCAGAACUUCCAAUUAAUAAUCCACUUAGCACUAGUGAGUUUUUACAUCUAGAUAAUGUUUUGCCAAUUGAAAAAAUACUAGAUGAUAUGAUUUCUUUACAAGAAGGAAAUCAUCUUGCUAAGAGUUUGGUAGAAUUUUUGUUACAACAAAAUGAUGAAUUUGGUGUUUCAGCUAUAGAAUUGGGGAUA